AUGCGCCCCGGCCGCCUCCCUCCUUUCCUGCUGCUCCUCCCCCUCCUCACCACCACCACCACCGCGCACCCCCUCGUCGCCGUCCCCGCCGGCUCCAUCAUCUGCGAGACCAUCGCCACGUCCCCCACCUACAGCGACGGCCUCGGCCUCGCCAGCUGGAUCCUACGCUUCGGCGCCGCGCCGUGCCUACAGAGUCGACAGAGGCUCUGCACGCCCGUGGCCAAGUAUGGCGCGGCGGGAGCGAGGGUGUGCUCGGAGAGGGAGAAGUACGAUUUUGAGUGUGGGGCCCUGGGCAGGACGGUGGGCUGGGUGGUGGAGGCGUGUAGGAGGGUCGUGGGGGGUGUGGAGAGGAGCCAGGGGAGGUAUGUGUUUGAUAGGGGCGCGGUGAGGGAUUCGGCGAUUAUGGUGUUUUCGGGGUAG